AGAAGGGCAUAUAUGAGCACCACAUCAGGGUGCGUGAGGAAUCAGCUCUCAAAGUUUAGCCACCUACUUUGCAUGAGGUUUCCGCUUGCGACUGCACGUUUAGUGUGUAAAUAAAAACGACCGUGUGUGUGUGUGUGUGUGUUUCCCCCUUUCACUUUAAAGAGUCAAGAAGAAAAAAUCGCUUCGGAAUCGUCAGCAAACUUUGAGCCGACUUUUGCACAUCUUUUUCUUUUUGUGUAGUUUCACGAUCGAAUCACGGGAUUACGUGUUUUUAAGGCGUCGAUCCCUUCCCUUCUGCAAUCCAAGAAGUGUUUCGUCUGCUGUCGAGGCGCGUGAAGAUGCGCCGGGAUUCUCACCCACAGCGCGUGGAGAUCGCGUGCUCCGAGGAGCCGAACCAUGACCAACAGAAAGGGUCAGGCAUUCCACUUCCAAGGAAACUGUGCUAUGCCAUUGGAGGGAUGCCCUAUCAAAUGACAAGUAACGCCAAGGGCUUUUUCAUGCAGAUCUUCCUACUGGAUGUUGUGCAGAUGACCCCUUUCUACGUGUCUGUAAAUCUUUUCCUUGGCCGAGCCUGGGAUGCGAUCACGGACCCUUUAGUGGGCUACACGGUCAGCAAGAGUGGACGCACUCGCAUAGGCAAGCUUAUUCCCUGGAUUGUGUACUCCAUGCCUAUGGGAGUGAUUGCCUACAUCAUGCAGUGGUACACCCCCCAGAACAACAUGUCUCCUAUCUUCAGCUUUUGCUGGUAUUUUGGCUGGUGCUGUCUCUUUGACACCUUAAUGAGUUGCUACCAUGUGCCCUACACUUCCCUAAACAUGUUUUUGGGUGGUGAUCAAAAAGACCGGGACUCAGCCACUGGCUACAGAAUGGGAAUGGAGAUGUUUGCAACAUUGGCAGGAGCCACCAUUCAGGGACAGAUUGUGGGGGUGUAUCAUGCUAAAAAAGUGCAAGCCUGUAGCAAGCUCAACGAGAGCAUUGCACUCACUGGAAACUACUCAUCUGUGCUGUACAACAACUCUACAGCUUCUUUCACUGCCACACUGCAGGAUACGAGAAGAGCUUAUUUGAUUGCUGCAUUGGUGUUAGGAGGUUUAUACUUCCUGUGCUGCCUUGUGCUGUUCCUUGGAGUGAAGGAGCAACUGGCUCCACUGAGUAAGCUGGAUCGAAUACAAGUGUCAUACUUGACCGGUAUGAAAAUGGUUGUGAGACAUAGUCCAUAUGUUCGACUCGUGUUGGGAUUUCUCUUUUCUUCGGUUGCUUUUCAGAUGGCCCAGGGAAACCUAGCACUCUUCUGUACACAUGCAGCAGGAAUGGGGGCUCACUUCCAGCACCUUGUGCUCAUAUUACUGGUGGCAGCCACUUUGUCUGUUCCAUUUUGGCAGAUGUUACUGGUCAGACUGGGCAAGAAGACCACUAUCUUCAUUGGGCUAACAACUUACAUUCCUGCUCUCAUUAUCAUAGCCUGCGUGAAGGGUACUUUUCUCAUGUUUGCCAUGGUGAGCAUUUUGGCUGGUGCCAGUCUAGCGUCCCUCUAUUUACUGCCCUGGUCAAUGCUGCCGGAUGUGGUGGAUGACUUUAAGGUGAAGAACCCGUCAUGCAGCGAUCUGGAGCCCAUGUUUUACUCUUGCUAUGUAUUUUUUAACAAGUUUGGUGGAGGAGUGUCACAUGGUGUUUCUACACUUGCACUACACUUUGCAGGGUACAAGCCUGGCGCUUGUAGGCAUGACUCCAGAGUGAUCACCACAUUGCAGGUCCUGUUUGCCCCGGUGCCCAUCUGUCUGCUGCUGAUAGGCAUGCUGUUCUUCUGCCUUUACCCCAUAAAUGAACAGCGACGCUGGGAGACCCAGGUCAAACUGCAGAAAGCAGUAGCAGAGACUAGAGAGGAGAGUGUUCUUUGAACAUCAUGCUGGAUCUCAAGUCACUUUUUGGUCUCUGGAAUAUUUUUAUUUUCUCAGUAGCUCUUGCAACAGUUAUCUAUGCAGGAUCUGUAUAGCUUUUUCUAAAGUGAACUUCAAGUGUUUUCAAGGUACACUAUAUUGCCAAAAGUUUUGGGACACCCCUCCAAAUCAUCAAAUUCAGGUGUUGUUUUUCAGGGGUUGGACUCGGCCCCUUAGUUCCAGUGGAAGGAACUCUUAAUGCUUCAGCUUCAUACCAAGACAUUUUGGAUAAUUUCAUGCUCUUUUUGGGAAGAGUUUGGGGAUGACCCCUUCCUGUUCCAACAUGACUGCACACCAGUGACCAAAGCAAGGUCCAUAAAGACAUGGAUGAGUGAGUUUGGUGUGGAGGAACUUGACUGUCCUGCACAGGAACUUGAGUCCUGACCUCAACCCCAUAGAACACCUUUGGGUUGAAAUAGAGCGAAGACUGCGAGCCAGGCCUUCUUGUCCAACAUCAGUGCCUGACCUCACAAAUGGCCGUGCUUCUAGAGAAAUGGUCAAAAAUUCCCAUAAACAGAGUUGAAGCUGUUACAGCUGCAAAGUGCGGGACAGCUCCAUAUUACAUUCAUGUGCAUGUAAAGACAGACGUCCCAAAACUUUUGGCAAUAUAGUGUAUAUUAUCCAGUAUAACCCUGUCUUUAAGACAGAUUUAUGCCAGCUAUGUUUUGGUAAAAUUGAAUGUAAUCUUAAUUAAACAUACUUGACUGGUCUAUACUGGCAUCACUCUAUGCAGAUUUUUAAGAGUUGUUUGUUGGUGACUGUAAGUGAGUGACUGACAGAAAUAGAGACUCUUGUAAUAAAGGAUUGUAUGCUUAUAAUUUAUGGAUUCUGAACUGAUAAUCAGAUAUUUUUGGUAAUAGACUAUACAAGAUAUACAGUAAAUGUGCUGUGACCUACCUGUGGAAAUCACUCACAUAGAUUGUCAAGUACACUAUUUCAUUAGAGAGAUGUGUUGGUAAUAAUACUCUAUAUUGCUUAUAGUCUAUAUGUACCAUUAUACUGUUAUAAAAAGAUUAAGCCCCAUUAAAUUUUGUUAACUUUAAACUUUUUUCUUUGAACUGGAAGGUGAACUUUUGUUUCUAAGUUUAACUACCUUGAAAUGUCUUAUAGUGCUGUAUGAAUAUUAUAACAG